AUGGAUCAUUUCUGGAAAUGUUAUCCCUGCUGCAGGUUGUCGGAAGAACAACCUAAGAACAGUUCAUCAAACAAGAACAAAGGCUCUCCAUGGGAAACGUACAGUCUUAAAGAGCUUACGAGCGCAACCAACAACUUCCACAACGAUCAUAAAAUCGGCGAAGGAGGAUUUGGGAGCGUAUAUAUGGGUCGAACAAGUAAAGGCGUCGAGAUAGCGGUGAAGAGACUAAAGGCAAUGACGGCGAAGGCCGAGAUGGAAUUUGCCGUGGAAGUGGAAGUUCUUGGUAGGGUUAGGCAUAAGAAUUUGUUAGGGUUGAGAGGGUUUUACGCGGGCGGAGAGGAAAGGCUCAUUGUGUACGAUUACAUGCCUAACCGGAGCUUGGUAACACAUUUACACGGCCGCCUUGCCGCCAAAUGCCUUUUAGAUUGGCCUCGGAGAAUGAAGAUUGCGAUUGGCGCCGCUGAAGGCUUGGCAUAUUUGCAUCAUGAGGCGAAUCCUCAUAUAAUUCAUAGAGAUAUAAAGGCGAGCAAUGUAUUGCUAGAUGCGGAAUAUGAAGCUAAGGUUGCGGAUUUUGGGUUUGCCAAGUUGAUUCCGGAAGGGGUAUCUCAUCUCACAACGAGAGUGAAGGGAACAAUUGGGUACUUAGCCCCCGAGUAUGCGAUGUUGGGGAAGGUCUCGGAGAGUUGUGACGUAUAUAGUUUUGGAAUCUUGCUUCUUGAGCUAAUUAGUGCCCGGAAGCCCUUGGAAAAGCUUCCGGGGGGAGUCAAGUGCGAUAUCAUCCAAUGGGCUAUGCCUUAUAUCCAAAAAGGUGCAUUUGAUCAGGUUGCGGAUCCAAGAUUGAAAGGGAGAUUUCAUCCAAAGGAGUUGAGGAAAGUUAUCAUUAUAGCCAUGAAAUGCACCAUUAGUAAUCCCGAGUUUAGGCCAAGUAUGUUGGAGGUCGCUAAGUGGCUCAAGAGUGACUACAUGGAAACUAAAAUAGAAGAGAUUGUGAAUGUGAAAGAUACUAUGAUCCGUAAUUACGACAGAAAGAAUGAUGACGAAGAAGAAGAAGAAGAGUCCACAAAUGACAGUGAUUUUGAAUCAAAAUUUGAUGUUGUUGAAGAAAAGUUCGACAAACCAGGAAAAAAUAUUUAA